GACUCCGGGCAGCGGCACAUCGGGCUGGACUCCGGGCAGCGGCACAUCGGGCUGGACUCCGGGCAGCGGCACAUUGGGCUGGACUCCGGGCAGCGGCACAUCGGGCUGGACUCCGGGCAGCGGCACAUCGGGCUGGACUCCGGGCAGCGGCACAUCGGGCUGGACUCCGGGCAGCGGCACAUCGGGCUGGACUCCGGGCAGCGGCACAUUGGCUGGACUCCGGGCAGCGGCACAUCGGGCUGGACUCCGGGCAGCGGCACAUCGGGCUGGACUCUGGGCAGCGGCACAUCGGGCUGGACUCCGGGCAGCGGCACAUCGGGCUGGACUCCGGGCAGCGGGACAUCGGCUGGCACCGGGCCCCAGGAGGGCUGGACUCUGGGCAGGGCACAUAGGGCCCCCAGGAGGAGCGUCAGGCACCGGGCCCCCAGGCGGAGCGGCGGGCGCUGGGCCCCCAGGCGGAGCGGCGGGCGCUGGGUCAUCAGACAUUGGAUCGUCUGGCUCGACAGCAGGCAUCGGGUCACCAGGCAUUGGAUCGUCUGGCUCGACAGCGGGCAUCGGGUCACCAGGUAUGACAGCGGGCACUGGGUCAUCAGGCAU